UCAUGAACCUGGAGAAGCUGUGUGGGCUAGAGGCUCUGGACAGUUCCUCUACGCCCAGAGUUUCCAACAGAGGAGGAGAAGAUUUUUGCGCCCAUGAGACCAACUUUAGACGCGGAGCUGAACUGUAAUUAUAGUUUAUCGAUAGACGCUCACAGACGUUCACGCACUAAAUGCUAAAGAUUCAUCAGUUUUCUUUUUUUUCUUCUUCUUUCUUUUCUGUCUACUCGGAUUGCUGGUUUCCCUGACUGCGUCGCUCGCGCUGUAGGUGUAUGUUAACCCGGGGAGAUUAGUCACAUCCGGUCGGUUCGCGGUUCGGGAAGAGAGAUGAAGGUGUUCCACUGGACCAUCGCGAUUCUCAGUCACUGGUGUCUGUUAAAGGCAGCUGAACCGAGCCAAAGAAAUCCUGGAAAAGACAAGAGACCAGAAAAUAAGAUGAAAUCUCUGCAGCCAGUGAUUUAGCCUACACUGUAUGCUAAAGGUGCAGGGCCUGGAUGAGCAGCUCUCUGAGUCUCUGGACUUCCUGACUGUGGGCCCAGCUGGUUCCGUGCUGAAGGCUCUUCCUCAUGGGGGGGGAGCUGAAGCUUCUGGGGCUGUGCCCCCCCCCUUUCGGGCCUCCCGGAUCUUCUCCACCCUUGACGACCCCGCCUCCGAGUCUCAACCCCCCAGCUACAGCCUCCUGAACCCGUCCGACUGGGCGCGGAACCAGUCCCUCCCCCAGAACCCGCCAGCGUCCCGCGCCAAGCGCCGGGCCCCGCUGAAGACCGCCAUGAAGGCCAAGAAGAUCUUCGGCUGGGGCGACUUCUACGUCAACAUCAAGACGCUCAAGUUCAGCCUGCUGGUGACCGGCAAGAUCGUGGACCACGUCAACGGCACCUUCAGCGUCUACUUCCGCCACAACUCGUCCGUCCUGGGCAACGUGUCCAUCAGCAUCGUCCCGCCCAGCAAGGCCGUGGUGUUCGAGGCUCCGCCCUCCUCGCCCUCGCUCCGCCCACGCCACGACCCGGAGGCGGAGGUGCGGGACAAGCAGCAGUCCACGCUGCACGCCAGGGAGAAGGUGGCGUUCAACUGCCAGGUCGAGUACGAGAAGACCAACCGCGUGCGGAAGCCGCGGCCCUGCCUGUACGACCCGGCCCAGACCUGCUUCCUGGAGCACACGCAGUCCCACACCGCCUGGCUCUGCGCCAAGCCCUUCAAGGUCAUCUGCAUCUUCAUCUCCUUCUUCAGCGUGGACUACAAGCUGGUGCAGAAGGUCUGCCCGGACUACAACUUCCAGAAUGACCUCCCGUACUUCGGGUGACAGGAACCUCUGAAAGUACCAUUGGGGGAUUUGGGGGGGGGGGGGUGGGCUGUUGAAUAUAUGUAAUUCCCCCUCUCCCCAGCACACAGGACAAGGUUUUUUUCGGGGGGUGUGGGUGGGAUGGAUGUUAUUCAGUUGCACUGUAUCAUGUCCUGACAUUUAAAAUGUUUACUCCCUUUCCCCCCCAGUUUGUGAAAAGCCCAGUUUGUGUUUAUAUCACUGCUCAGUGCUACAGCCUCCAGGAGGGAGAGUCAGUACUGCCUCCGGCACUGACACAGUCUGGCCUUCACACCAGACCCAUCCAGACCCAUCCAGACCCAUACUGACCCAUCCUGACCCAUCCU